UAUGGUAACAUAUGUGUCCAAUCGUAGCUAAUUCAGCUGUGAUGCAAACCCAAUGUCAACAGACACAGAUAGUGAAGAUAUCGAACUAUUUAACAUGACCUCGGAAAAGCGUCCGCUAGUACCAGAAGGAAGUGUCGUUUAUGAGACAGUCGACUCCACAACGCACGUGCAGAAUGGGCACACCCCUGGAGAGACCCCGGGGACACCAAAGUUUAUCUAUAUCCUGUCUUUUUUUGCUGCCAUUGGAGGGUUUUUGUUUGGAUAUGAUACAGGUGUUGUGUCGGGAGCCAUGCUUCUCCUUCAGCCGGAGUUUAAGCUUGACUCUGUGUGGGAGGAGAUGGUCGUGAGUGCCACUAUUUUGUUUGCCUGUAUCUUCGCCUUGGUAGGCGGGCCUCUAAACGACAGGUUUGGUAGAAAAGCAGUAACCGUGACAGCCAGUCUCGUUUUUACUGGUGGAGCCGUGCUGCUUGGUGUCGCACAGAACAAGAUUAUGUUAUUGAUCGGGAGAAGUAUUUUGGGGGUUGGAAUUGGGCUGGCAUCCAUGACUGUCCCAGUGUAUAUAGCAGAGUGUGCCCCAAUCCAUCAACGUGGUCGACUUGUUACUAUAAAUAACCUCUUCAUCACCGGCGGUCAGUUUGUGGCCAGUGUUCUGGACGGAGCAUUCAGUUACGACAAGAAAAAUGGCUGGAGAUGGAUGCUGGGAUUGGCAGCUGUACCAUCUGCAAUUCAGUUCAUAGGCUUUCUUUUUCUACCAGAAAGUCCAAGAUGGUUGAUAAAACAAGGCAGGAUAAAUGAGGGUCGUGAAGUUUUACAGAAAUGUCGCGGAACAAUAGAUGUAGAGGAGGAGCUAAAUGCUGUCAGAGAAUCGUGUGAGGAGAACAGGAGGAUGAUGGACGACGCAGGAAGUGAGAACGUCUUCCUGAAGAUCCUGCGGACUCCAGCGGUCAGACGAGCCGUCCUGGUGGGGAGUGGACUACAGCUCAUACAACAAGUCAGUGGAAUCAACACCGUCAUGUAUUAUAGUGCCACUAUAAUUAAGAUGACUGGCGUACGUGACACGAGCCUUGCGAUCUGGUUGGCUGCGGUGACGGCGGGGGUUAAUUUUAUCUUCACAAUCCUUGGAGUCUGGUUGGUGGAGAGAAUUGGUCGAAGACCUCUGAUACUGGGCAGUCUACUGGGUGUGUUAGUUAGCCUGGUGGUGCUAGCUGUAGGGUUUCAGUUAGCUGCCUUCCAUUCACCACCUGUGACCUUCACUGAGUCCAAUGGUUCCUGCUCAUCUUACAGUUGGUGUGAAGACUGCACAGAAAAUAAGCAUUGUGGAUUUUGUUACGUUGAACUCGGGAAAUCCAGGGUAAAUGGGUCAUGUGUUGCUGUGGCGACCAACCUUACAGAUGGGGCAGCGUGGGGUCGUUGUGACUCAGACUCUCUACCCCCCAAUCUUGUAUGGGCCAGUGAUUACUGCCCCACAGACUACUCGUGGAUGGGACUCCUGGGUUUAGUCUUGUACCUCAUGUUUUUUGCCCCUGGAAUGGGUCCAAUGCCGUGGACUAUAAACUCAGAAAUUUAUCCUUUGUGGGCCAGAAGUAUGGGAAAUGCAAUCUCCACGGCAACCAACUGGAUUUUCAAUUUGGCGGUCGCUAUGACUUUCCUAACACUGACAGAGAGUAUAACUAAGUAUGGCACUUACUGGUUGUUUGUGGGGAUUGUUUUCUGUGGAUUCCUGUUUAUUGUGGCAGCUUUACCAGAGACUAAAGGUAAAAGUCUAGAGGAAGUAGAGACUCUGUUCCAGGGAUCCGUGUGUCCGGGCUUCUCCAGGAAAUUACACAAAACACAGAAUUCCACGUAACACGAAACCAGACGCUUCUCCAAGAAAUCACACAAAACACAGAAUUUGACGUAACGUAGAACCAGACCCUUCUCCAAGAAAUCACACAAAACACAGAAUUUGAUGUAACACGGAACCAGAUGCUUCUCCAAGAAAUCACACAAAACUCAGAAUUCCAGGUAACAUGGAACCAGACACUUCUCCAAGAAAUCACACAAAACACAGAAUUCCACGUAACACAGAACCAGGCCAUGCUCCAAGAAAUCACACAAAACACAGAAUUCGAUGUAACACAGAACCAGGCCCUUCUCCAAGAAAUCACACAAAACAUAGAAUUCCACGUAACAUGGAGAGGGAACUAGGCAUUCAAACAUAAAAGUUGGAACCAGUUUAAUGUAAUAAAAAUCUGCUGGACUUGGUGAUAUUCUGGUGUACAAUGAGUAAUGCUCAGUGCUUAAUUCAGAUCUCAGAGAUGUAGUUGUAACGUGCAAUAACUACUUAACAUAUUGUAUACACAAUGCCAUUAUUCUAUAUUCUAUGCAUUCCAUGUGCCUCAUCUCUUCAGAGCUGGGGAGUAACUAUUUUACCACUGUCUUUCUGUGAGAGAUAUUUUGUGUCAUACAUUUUUUAAAAUGCAUUUUCUCAUUAUUUUAGAUGUGAUAAUUUUAGUUAAUUUAUUAAUGUUUUUAUGUAUAGCUGAUAUUUGAGAUAAAAGGUACAAUACUGAUUUUUCUGUGAACAGGUAAAUAAUAUGUUCAGCUAGUAGAUACCCGGUAUAUAAUUCUGCUAGAUACUGUAAAUUUACUUAAUUCAUUAACAGUGAUCAUAUUUAAUUAGGACCUUUCUGUGUUGCUUAUUGUCCACUAGUUCAAGUACAUGCUAGUAUAUAAUUAACACAAAGACGCAAAAGGUUGGCUCAAAAUGCAUGAAAUUAAGAUUAAUACACUAGUCCGUUGAUGAGAAAGACUGCACUAUAAAUUUGAGUGUGCUAAUUUCUGUAAGUUUACAGUAUCAUGCUACUUUCACUUUCUAUAUGCCAUGUAAAAAUUUCAUGUGCCUUUAUUAUUAUGCCCCCACUUGAAAAGCUGGGAUAUAUAGUGAUGGGGGGG